GUUUAGAUUAUCAUCUUUAAUCCAGUAUGUCAAGGCUUUUCAGUCCAUCAGGAAUAUGAAUUAUUGAAAAGUAUGUAGAAUUACAGAAUGCUUUAUAAUGAAUUGGACCUGAAAGAUUUAUGCAGUAGGCUGCAUAUUGUCCUCUUGGAUUCUGUUUUUCUAUUCUUUUUUGGGCAUUAUGCACACAUUUCUCUUCAUACUGAUGUUGGCUGUGGAGGAUCUGGUUCCUUUCUCAACACUUCCAGGAUUUUCAUAUGCAGAUUCUCACUCUCAUUGUCUGUGAGGAAGGAGCCUACAUUUUCUUCCUCAGACUUCUCAUCAAGCCAUUUCAAAAACAAUUUAUCACAUUUUAUGAUAGUACGUAUAUAUAGUAUCACUGCAAUUAGAAUCAUACCACUUGGUAAUGCGAAAAAAAAAAAACAGGAUUACUUGCAGGCUAACAUGUCCCAGACAAUUGAAACAAAGGCAGCACUGAAAGCAUUAGUGAUGACUGUUAUAUCCAAUUCUGAUAUCUUGUUGAAGAGAAUACUUUAUAAGGAACAUAACAAGAGUUUGAACACAAAACUUCCAAAAAGCCUGAAUUACAAGCAAUUUAAAAUGAAAGGGGAUUUGAUAGAGCAUUACUUCGGAAAAUUGAUGCCUGAUUUGAACAAUACAAAUUUGAAACCUAAUAUUCAAAUUCAGUGUAUUACUAAAUUUGUACAUAUAAACAACCCCUGGUGUGUUGUUACAAAUUUGUCUCAGUAAUUUCUACCUUUAAUGAUGGACUGAAAGGCCGAUAUCAAAAGUAAUUAUACUUGAUUUGAGGAAAAUAGUUGAAAUGUUUCAAAUAAAGCAGAAAAUAAUACUGAUUUGGAGUUUUUAAUCAAUUGUUAAUAAGGAAGAGUUGUUUGUAAAAUUAUGAUAAUUUUUAUUUAAAAAGGUAUUUGAAGUUAAAUAUGUUGCUCAUA